AUGUCUUUUAUAUCUUCCAUUACGUUUUUAUCACUAGUUCUAUUCAUUUGUGCUUGUUUUUCUAAUACAAAUGGGGCCGGGCCUCCUACUCGGAAGAGUCCAGCAGGACCUGUACCCUCGACUCCAAAGAAACCAGGGCCUCCUGGACCCUUUGUCCCUCCCAAGGGACCAGGAUCGUCAGAUCCUAAUGCGAUCUAUAAAUCCUUCCUAGAAUGUCUCCCAACAAAAUCACCCCAACCCGACCCCUCAUUUUCCUCCAUUGUUUAUAGUUCGACCACCAACUCGUCUGCAUACACUAAAAUACUACAAGAUCGCAUAAGAAACCUUCGUUACAACGCCCCCUCAACACCCAAACCCGUCAUCAUUGUGACUCCAACCAAAGAAACCCACGUGCAAGUGACAGUUGUAUGUGCCAAGCAACUCGGUAUCCAAAUAAAGAUUCGUAGCGGUGGACAUGAUUAUGAAGCAGUCUCCUACUCCUCAUCCGAAAAAACAUUUGUCAUGCUCGACAUGUUCAAUUUGCACAAAGUUGAAGUUAAUGUCGCCGCUGAAACUGCUGUUGUCCAGGUUGGAGCUCAGUUAGGUGAGCUAUAUUACCGAAUUUGGGAAAAGAGCAAGGUGCAUGGGUUCCCCGCUGGAGCAUGUCCGACAGUCGGUGCUGGUGGACAUAUAAGCGCAGGUGGUUAUGGCAACAUGAUCCGAAAAUAUGGUUUAACAGUUGAUCACGUAAUAGAUGCCAAAAUUGUCAAUGUUAAUGGUACACUUCUCGAACGAAAAACAAUGGGUGAAGAUCUUUUUUGGGCCAUUCGUGGUGGUGGUGGUAGUAGUUUUGGUGUCAUAAUAUCCUUCACCGUGAAACUAGUUCCAGUACCAAAAGUCACUACUGUUUUUCGGGUAGAGAAAACAAUGGACCAAAAUGCGAUAGACACACUUGUUAAAUGGCAGUCAGUAAUGCCUACAAUCGACCCUGAUUUAUUCAUAAGAGUUCUGUUGCAACCCAUUUCUCAAAAUAAUAAAAAAACAGUCAGGACAACAUUUAUGGCCCUUUUCCUUGGUGAUUCCGCAAGGUUACUAGGACUAAUGAGCAAAACACUUCCCGAGUUGGGUUUAAAAAAAGAAGAUUGUAUGGAAGUUAGUUGGAUUCAAUCCACACUAUACUGGGCCAACCAAGAUUACAAUAAAACGAAGCCAGAGUUCCUUCUUGAUCCCCAUAGUAGCGUCAUUAAGCUCUUGAAACGAAAGUCUGAUUAUGUCCAAACAGCGAUACCUAAACAAGGUUUGACUGCUAUGUUCAAUAAAUUGAUGGAACUCGAUAAAGUUGGGCUUGUAUUCAACUCAUAUGGUGGGAAGAUGAGUGAAGUUCCCGCAAAUGCAACUCCAUUUCCUCAUCGUGCAGGGAAUUUGUUUAAGAUGCAAUAUUCGUUGAAUUGGGAGGAAAAAGAUCCAAAAGUAACUGAGAGUUAUUUAAGCCAAGGGAAGGCUAUGUAUGAGUUCAUGACUACCUAUGUAUCCAAGAAUCCAAGAAGUGCAUUCUUGGCUUAUAGGGAUCUAGAUAUCGGUGUAAAUUCUGGCGACGGAUUUAACUCUGGGAAGGUUUACGGAGAGAAGUAUUUUAAGGGAAACUUUGAGAGAUUAGUGAAGGUAAAAACUGCUGUUGAUCCUGAUAAUUUCUUUAGGAAUGAACAAAGCAUCCCAGCUCAAGGCAAAAAGACCAAAGGCAAGCCCAUUUAAAGACUACAGGGGUGU